GGCGGGUGUUGGCAGGUGCCUGAGCUGGCGCCUUGCCCUUUUCGGCCACGCACGGGCCACUAACCAAACAAGCGAAAGUGCACUGGGCGGCGGCCCCCUUCAGGCCCCUAGGCCCCCCUCGCCCCUCCCCUUGCCGGUGGGUUAUUGGGGGGGCCGUGGCGGUGAACAAUUUCACGUCCCGCUCUCCAACAAAAAUCAACAACUCCCCUUGACCGUGUCACCUUCCAACCCACUCAGUCAAAGCUAGCUCAGCUCUCGACGUCUUUCGCCCUGCAUCUUCUCUCCUCCACGACACAUCCUCUUACAGCUACAUCCAUCCCCAACCGUCAACAUGCGUGAGAUUGUCCACCUCCAGACCGGCCAGUGCGGUAACCAAAUCGGUGCUGCUUUCUGGCAGACCAUCUCUAGCGAGCACGGUCUCGACAGCAAUGGUGUCUACAACGGUACCUCCGAGCUGCAGCUCGAGCGCAUGAGCGUCUACUUCAACGAGGCCUCUGGAAACAAGUAUGUCCCUCGCGCCGUCCUUGUCGAUCUCGAGCCCGGUACCAUGGACGCUGUCCGUGCCGGUCCUUUCGGCCAGCUCUUCCGCCCCGACAACUUCGUCUUCGGCCAGUCCGGUGCUGGCAACAACUGGGCCAAGGGUCAUUACACUGAGGGUGCCGAGCUCGUCGACCAGGUCCUCGAUGUCGUCCGCCGCGAGGCUGAGGGCUGCGACUGCCUCCAGGGUUUCCAGAUCACCCACUCCCUGGGUGGUGGUACCGGUGCUGGUAUGGGAACGCUGCUCAUCUCCAAGAUCCGUGAGGAGUUCCCCGACCGAAUGAUGGCCACCUUCUCCGUCGUUCCCUCCCCCAAGGUCUCCGACACCGUCGUCGAGCCCUACAACGCCACCCUCUCUGUCCACCAGCUGGUCGAGAACUCCGACGAGACCUUCUGUAUCGAUAACGAGGCUCUCUACGACAUCUGCAUGCGUACCCUCAAGCUGUCCAACCCCUCUUACGGUGACCUGAACUACCUGGUCUCCGCCGUCAUGUCCGGUGUCACCACCUGCCUCCGAUUCCCUGGUCAGCUGAACUCUGAUCUCCGAAAGCUGGCCGUCAACAUGGUCCCCUUCCCCCGUCUGCACUUCUUCAUGGUCGGCUUCGCUCCCCUGACCAGCCGUGGUGCCUACUCUUUCCGUGCUGUCAGCGUUCCUGAGUUGACUCAGCAGAUGUUCGACCCCAAGAACAUGAUGGCCGCCUCCGACUUCCGUAACGGUCGUUACCUGACCUGCUGCGCCAUCUUCCGUGGCAAGGUCGCCAUGAAGGAGGUCGAGGACCAGAUGCGCAACAUCCAGAACAAGAACUCUUCUUACUUCGUCGAGUGGAUCCCCAACAACAUCCAGACUGCUCUUUGCGCCAUCCCUCCCCGUGGUCUUACCAUGUCUUCCACCUUCAUUGGAAACUCCACCUCCAUCCAGGAGCUCUUCAAGCGUGUCGGUGAGCAGUUCACUGCCAUGUUCCGACGCAAGGCUUUCUUGCAUUGGUACACUGGUGAGGGUAUGGACGAGAUGGAGUUCACUGAGGCUGAGUCCAACAUGAACGAUCUUGUCUCGGAGUACCAGCAGUACCAGGAUGCUGGUAUUGAUGACGAGGAGGAGGAGUACGAGGAGGAGGGCCUUGAGCCUGAGGAGUAAACAGACUCUUAAUGUGUCUGUAACCCUGCAAGCCUGUCUCUUUGUUUAGAUGCAGCUUGAUGUAUAGUCGGCCCAGGCCAAUUCUAUUCGGGUGGUGGUAGUAAUUGUUGAAAGGGGUUUCUAGAUAUCCUCGACAGUGGUAGUACAAUUCACUUGACAAUUGUAAGCCAAUAAGUCCACAAGUGCACAUGCACCAACUUAUUUCUCUAUUCUACUAUAAUUCGUGAUUAAUACACUUUUGAUUCUACGCG